AUUUCAAUAGCUGAACAAAAAGAAGAUGCCCUCAUUCUAUCUAUUUGUAAUUGUAUCUCUGAAUUUUUAAAUUUGUUUCUAAAAAUGGCUCUGCUUCAGCUAAUUUCUACUCACAAACCCUCGUUAAACCCCAACACUACAAUAUUAAACCCUAAUUACUCCAAUUCACAACCUUCCGUUCUCAACUUCCUUAACAAGCGCCGCCGCCGACGACACGGCGGCACCUCUCUAAAAUGCUCCGCCUCAUCUUUCUCAGAGAAGCACCACACUAACCAUCCGAAAUCAGACGACGUCGUUGAGCUCCCUAUCUUCCCUCUCCCUCUCGUUUUAUUCCCCGGAGCUAUCCUCCCUCUCCAGAUCUUCGAAUUCCGCUACCGCAUUAUGAUGCACACUCUCCUCCACACCGACCUCCGUUUCGGCGUCAUCUACUCCGACGCCGCCACAGGGACCGCCGAAGUCGGCUGCGUAGGUGAGAUCGUGAAACACGAGCGUCUCGUCGAUGACCGAUUCUUUUUAAUCUGCAAAGGACAAGAGAGGUUCCGGAUAACAAAUCUCAUCCGUACAAAGCCUUAUCUUGUAGCGGAGGUGACGUGGCUGGAGGACCGUCCGUCAGGAGAUGAGGACGUGGAUGCUUUAUCGACGGAAGUGGAAACUUAUAUGAAAGACGUUAUUAGAUUAUCGAAUAGAUUAAACGGAAAGCCUGAAAAAGAAGCGCCGGAUUUGCGUAAGAAUCUUUUCCCGACGCUGUUUUCAUUUUUCGUCGGGAGUACUUUUGAAGGCGCGCCUCGUGAGCAGCAGGCGUUACUUGAAUUGGAGGAUACAGCGGCCAGAUUGAAGCGAGAGAAGGAGACUUUGAGGAAUACGCUUAAUUAUCUGACGGCUGCUUCCGCCGUUAAAGACGUUUUUCCGUCAUCGUGAUAAGGGAACAAUUUAUGAAAGGGGAGGAAUAGUAAUAUACAGUUGAAUGAAGCACAGAAGAAUUAUAUAGCGAAGGGAUCCUGUAUAACCAUCAUUCAGGUAAUUUGCUAUACAUUAGUGUAAUACAGGCAAAUGGACUUAUAUAAGUUGUAAAUUUUGAUUAUAUUAUUUGUUUCUGCGCUUCUCCAAUUGAUGACCUUCAUAAACUGAUGAAUGGGAUUUUGUAUAUAAUGGAUACUUGUUGAUUAUGUUGGGAGAAUUCUUGAUUUUGAUUGAUCA